AUGCCCCGAGAAGCGCCACCACGCACUCCACAUCCCUCUGGUCAUCGAUCUCCGUCCCCUGACGAACUGCUUCUAAUCUCUCCUGAAUCCCGCUCAAGGCGCCUGUUGACCCCAAUCACCCCAAUAACUCAAGACCCCUCAUCCCCGGCUGUACAAUCGCGGGAUCGAUUACCACUCCCGCCUCCUCCACCUGUUCCGCCGUCACCACCUCUCGUUAUCCCCGAGGACCCGGAACCAGUCAGCCGUUACUCCCUUCGCCGCAGGGAGGCACGUCAGCUUCAACCGUACGCGUUCGACAAGGCGCAGUACAAGGCGCAGAUGAAGGCAAACCCCGAUGCGAUCGUGAAGUUUGUGAGUCCUCAGCGUCGCGAGAUGCAUGGAGAAGAUGGGUCACAGUGGGCGGAUGGGCAGACGCAAGGUGAAACACAAGCAGAGUAUAUCUUUCCUGUUGACAAUCCAGAAGAGGACCGAGAUUACGUGGAUGUAGAAGGAAGGAGGCGAAAACAGCGAGUCACCAUCGCUGAAGUUGAUCGUGAUAACCGUGAACGGGAGGAAGGAUGGCUCCCCGAGGCUCUAAGAGAUCUCUCUGAAAGCGACGAGAUUGAAGGGACAGACGAAGUUCGUAAGUUGGUGAGGGAGGCGAAGAGGGCUCGGAAGAAGGCCGAGGCUGAGGCAAAGAAGAGAGAGAAGGAAGAAGCUCGCCUGAGGGCACAGGACGAGGCAGACGCUAAAGAAACUGCCAAGAAGAAACGUCUGAAGAAUUUUCCGCUGGAAGCGUCAUCGUCAAAGCAGCCUGCUGCGGGUCCAUCUUCAGCAUCCUCGAGACGGUCUCCAUCUCGCUUAGAUGAGAUGACGAUUACGACUACUAUAAUUUCUUCGACCACAACGACCAGCAACUCGAUCAAUGCGGAGAAUGUCAACCCUGAUACCGACAACGAUGCAAUUGAAAUUCCCUCGGCACCAUCGACACCACCACACUCUUCGUCUACAUUGCCUGACGGGGACAAUCACUUGGAUUUGUCCGAUGAUUCCCCCGCCCGUGAGCCCCGCAAGGAGUCCAGCAGUCCUUCUCCCGAAAUUUCCUCCAAAGAUCGUAAACGUUUUCGCCUUCUGCAGCGUAUGAUGCCUGCCUGUUAUGAUCAAGAGGCAGCUCGAGCGGCAAGGUUCCCAAUACGCAAAGGGUGCGUUCUCCUACGCCAGUCUGAUAGUGGCGACGAGCCCUUGAGACCUGGACAUGCGCGCGCCCGAAUGGGUGCUGGUGGUCGUGACGUUAUAAUUCAGGGUGACCCUGAGAGCUCGGACGUCGAAAUUCCUAAAGAUAAGGACACGGAUGUUGAUGCUGAGGUACCAGACAUCGUAUCACAAGUUCGUCGGCGGGCGUCUCCCAAAGUCAGAUCAAGAUCCCCGGCUAUUAGCAUCUCUUCCAGUUCCGAGAGUGGAUCGGAGAGUGAUGGCGAGGACAGCGACGGUAUGAUUGACGACGCACGGAUCGACGCGUGGAGCCGGAGUCGCCGACCUAUGCGCGAGAAGAGUCUGAUUGACUGGAUGCUUACGCGGACUAGGACUGUGGGUGGUGCGAGAAAGCAGAGGGACAAGUCAAGUCGGAGGCCCCGAGGUUCUGGUGUAAAAUCACGAGACCUGGGUGAAAGCAGGGCUGGACGCUCAAGGCCAAAGCUUAACAUUGUAACAGGUGGUGCGCGAAUGGGCAACCAGACCCUUCUCUCGUUCCCCGCCGUUUCUUCUGAUCGUGACCACCGCUCUCAUCAUUCACAUCAUAACAAGGUCCACAAGCGGACAGAAUCGACAAUACCGGCGGAGCACGAGUCCAAGGCACUACGAAAGGAACGGAGAAAGAAGAAGCGUAAGCAAGCCAAGGGAGAGCUCUACAGCUUCCACCAAUCUGGCACGCAUAUUGCGCGAAGGGGUUUGCGAAUUGAUCUGGGUGAUGAAGGAUUCCAUCAGGCACUGGACCCGACUUGGAGGAAGGAGAUGGAUAGGUGGCAAAAGCAACCUGGAUCAAUGCGGCAUCAGGAUGAACGCCAGAGAAAAUCACAUGCUCGGCCACGUCCCCCACCGUCCCGCGUCGAUUCGCGUCAAAGCCAUGUUGACCUUGAUAUACCACUAGAUCAGCCACGCGAACGAUCGUCACCUGUGCGGAGGAAGGGUUAUACCGACGUCCACGAGUUUAUGCAUGCUGUAGAUCAACGGACGUUGUUGACCACAGUCGACUUGGGCAUUGAUUUUUUGCCCUCAGGGAUUGCGUUCUCGGCCGGAACAUAUAUCGGCCGCGGGUUUCUUCACCAGCUAAUAUGCCUCGUCACAGGGCACGCUCAGCCUGUUGCUCCUAUGCCAUACGUUAUUCGAGGGUUCGACCUUGGACCUGAUACAUCGGUGCAUGUCCUUACGACUGUAAUUGCACCCUUGUGCGACCAACUUGCGGAUGACGUGCUCAAAGGACACGAAUGGACGGCUGUGGUUGGGAAGGAUUGGGAACUCACGAUGCGAACGGUGUGCCAGUUGGUAUCAUGGCAGUGUCUCAGCAUCGACGACCAGGAAUUCAGUUCGUUGGAGCUCACGGUACACGAGACUAUGGGUUCUCUGGUGGCGCGGGUGUUGGAGGCAGAUAUUCAUCACUUCUCAUUGCUUGUUUGCUGGUUUGCAGUAGAGCUCGCUGCCCGAAUCAUGCACGCUGCAAGGACUCGGCGAGGGUCAUCAGAGACCCGAGAGUUGUUCAAAUUCGCGCUCUUGCUCAUGCGGCCUCUAUCAGAUGUAGACCUCCGGGAGAUUCUAGCAUCGUUUAAGGAACCCGAUGGCCCUCUGGAGAUCACCUCAACUCCCGUUCAAGCUGUAGAGUCAUGGAUAUGCCUCUUUCACCUCUUGAUUAACUGCACGUCUGAGUCUCCUGGCAAACUAUCAUCAGAGCCAUUUUGGCUGUUGUUCAAGCAGUUGAUCCAAGACGAAGCAUCAUCGUUCACCACUGCAGUUGAGGCAAGCGAGUACGUUUGGCGGAACAUAUUCUCUUUUUGUGCGCUCUCGCAGUUCUCUGUGCACGGGAUGUCAACAUCCCUCAGUAGAAUCGCACCUUCGUGGGAAACGGUUUUGGCUACUCUGACGCUCAUCUCCCUUGUUGCCGAUCCACAGAAGGAUGCACUCACACAUACUGCAUCCCUGAACAAACGAGACGAGUACGUCUCCGUCGUCGCUUCUCGAUGCUUCCUCCUGUGGAAGAGUUGGCAUUGGAACUUGGACAAUGCGAUUAUAAUGUUCAACCACCUUGUGGAAAUCUUCCGGAGUCGUAGAUUUGCCAGCCUCCGCCACGAGCAGCCUAAAUUUAUGCAAUUCAUGGUGCAAAGGGACAUAUCCUUGCUUUCGGUACAAGACAGGGGCGAUAACGUGUUCGAGGUGCUCCUCAAGAUGAUCGUACAAGUUGCGCAGGCGGACAGCACAAGUGACGCGGAGAAAAAACAACAGAGUAUACAAGUGAAGAAAAUGCUGAACAUGGUCGUCCCAGUUGGCUCGGUGUCAUCGACAAGGGCCGUUCAGCCAGCUGGGCAGGAAAGUUCUAUGCUUUUCAACCGACUUAAUGCUAUGGCGGUCGCUAUUCAUCUUGAUCCCUCCAUCUCCAACGUUCGACACCGUGUUGGGCAAGCUCGACGAUGCGUCAACUUCAAAGAUGCACACGAUUUUACCAGGGCUGUGUGCAUCCGAGGUAUUGAGCAUAUUUGUGCUGUUAUGCGUCAUCACCGCGUGCAGCUUGGAGAGAUUCUCAGCUGGCUUGCCGAGGUUACCGGCAUUCUACUGGAUGAAUACCAGGAGGCGCGCAUGCUAACAAAUAAAGACAACAAGAAUAUUGUGAAGAACAAGACGGUGGAGAUGGUCAAGAGUCUUCUCACGUCGGUUGUUCGCAUGAUUGAGACAUGCUCACUGGACACUACGGAUGAGCGAUAUGAGUAUCCAGAUCCUGCCUUUCUUGAGGGACCAUGGGUAAAGGACGUCUUCAGUCCAAAAAAUCCUAUCGCCAUAGAAAAUGACUCGAGUGCUGCGUGCCAAGAGAUGGUGUCAGCUUUUCUGGAUGCUCGAAUGAGGGCAUUACCCCGGCCUACCGCACCACCAAUAUCACCGAGUGUUGAUAACCAGGAGAGCCAGGACGAGUACGACAAGUUCUUCAUCGAUUUGAACGACCCUGAAAUCCUAGCUGCUCUUGGUGACGAGCCUGCACAAACUUCUGGAAUGGAGUGGAAGCGGAAGGAAGAAGCGGUUUGCAAGGUCUGUGGACCGCUGGCUUCAGCAAUAUUCCGGGUUGUUUGCAGAUACGUAGUCGACUCCCCCGCGCCAAGUACAGUCGAUAGUCGCCGUGAGACAGCUGAUAGAUGGAUUGAUUGUUGGGUAGGAGUCGGAAAUGUGUUGGUUCAGAAUGGAUCGAGUUGGAAAAACCACAUGCACCUUGGACCUGAAUCAUGGGAGCGGAUACCUGAUCCCUUGUGGCGUCGCCGAGUUGGUCUUCGAUUCUGCCUCGCACUUCUCAGACUUGACUCGAAGGCUUACAAUGCAUACGAGGACUACUUUAUUGAAGUCCUCCUCGCAUGUACUAUCCCCUCCAAGACGACAAUCGAACACGAGUAUGCAUCCAUCGUAUUCACUCUGGAUGGUCUUCGACACCCACUUUUACAUGGCGUGCUGGCUGAGCCGUCUACCGGAUCAUCUACAUUUGAGAUAUCGCUAGAAGAAUAUUCGACAGUCCGGCAGACGCUGAUUGAAUCGGUAUUCGCCAAUCUUGCUGAGCGUUUGCAAAAUAACAUGGACCCUGUUAACUACAAGUAUCUCGGCUUCUUGGUUUCUAUGCUCUCGGCUAUGAGAGACAACUAUGAAGUUCGUACAAUUGCCCUGAUGUCCGAUCAUGGAGUUAAUGGCUUGCACACCAGAGCCUAUUGUCUGGGGAGGAACGAGUAA